AUGUCUGCGGAUAAAGAUUAUUGCAAACGUUGUAAGAAAUUUGUUCGACCACGGCAAGAAGGUAUUCAAUGCGAUGGGUGCGAUAAUUGGCAACACAGGACGUGCGACACUGGGAUUUCAAGAGGCGAAUAUAGGGAAGCUGUACGAUCUGGCAAAGGAGUAGACUGGCGGUGCAACGAUUGCCUCAACAUGAGUGCUGGAUUUCUUCUUCCAAAUGCUGAACACACUAGAGUGGAUGAAAGCAAACCAUGUAAGUAUAUUUUGUCGCGCUACAGCUAUAUUUUUAUCACCAAUGUCAACACAUACAAUUACAAAUUAUUUAUUUGGCUUAAUCGCUUAUUAUUAUACAGAUUCGACUACAAAACGAGUUUAACUAAACAGUGUUUAUCAGUAACUACCAGUGUUUAUCGUACCAACAAGUUGAUACUAUCUCUAUAAACAACUUGAAAAAAUAUGACUCAUCUUGUUUUUGUAAUGCUAAGAAUUUCAAAAAUGUUGCUUGUCUUUUGUUCUGUUAUUGUAUUGAUAGAAGCCUAAAGCCUGUGAUGACGUAAUGCCCUCAGGCAUUCUUUCCCAACUCCCGGGCAUUCUUUCCCAAAUCCCGGACAUUCCCGGAAGGGUCUUGUCUAAAAGUACACACAAGUGACUACGAAUGACCACGAGUGACUACGAAUGACCACGAGUGACCAUGAGUGAUUCUGUGUUUAAAAAUAAAAUAAAAAUUAUUUUAAGGUGGCUCCCUAGGGAUUUUGCAUUAUACUACACUACAGUAUCCCGAAAAGGAAUAUUCCCUGAAAAGUCCUGUUUCUUCAUUUUGCAUGACAUGAAGACGAAAUUUAUUGGACAAAUUGACAAUGCUCUCCUGAAAAUUGCAAUGUGCUACUUUUGUGCUGAAAGUCCAAAAUUUGUCUUUUCCGUACCUGUUGGACUUGUAAAUCCUGGCCUGACUUGUAAAUAUAGUUGCGAUAGUUUGUUCCCUUAUAAUAAAGAUAUUAUCAAUUAACGUGGCUGUAUGCUGCGUAAUUCUAGUUGGUCUAUUUAUCAAUGGAUAAAAAGAUGAAGUAAAAAGUUGCUCACAAAAUCUAUUGGGAUAGUCGCAAUCAUCAGAUUUCAAAAGAUCAAUGUUAAAAUCCCCUGUCAAACAUGUUAUUUUCCCUGUUUUGUCAACUUCGGUUAGUAUUGCAAUUUAGUUUAUUUUCAAACAUUUCAAAAUUACCACUUGGUGGUCUGUAGAUAGUACCAACAAUAAUAUUUUUACCAGUUGUUGAAAUAAUUUCAAUGCAAAGUGAUUAAUCUUAUAAUAAUUAAUAGUGCAAUUAUAGUGUAUAAAUAUAUAGGCUAUAGAAUGAUGUAACAAAUGUUGUAUGGCAAAUGCAUUUUUAGCCAAUCUAGGGAACUUGAUUUUCAAAAUUUUCUGGCAGAGAAUGGAUCCUCCUGGUGGUGCCUUUUUUUAGAAUCUGUAUUUACCUAAUUAGGAUCAGACAUAUAUUCAUUUCAUUCAGUGGAUCAGACCCCUCGAUGCAUGUUGUCUAAAUUAGUUUUAUGUUAUAUUCCUAAAAGUAUUAUUAAUUAAUUAAGAUUUUUAGUGCCCUGAAAUUGAUUUUUCUGUUAAAAUAUAACAUAACAUUCAAUCUAACAACUUGUUAGUGUCACAGACAGUGUCCAAGUGUUGAUUUACUUGAUUAGUUGCAGAAAAAUUUUCAGUGAACCUUUUGCGGUCCCAGAAAGUAAAAUAUUUUUUCCACCUCUGAGUAUAAUGCAAUUAAAUUCAUGGUCACACGUACUCACUCGUGUGUACUUUUAGCCAAGAUCUUCCCGGGAGAGGCAAAAUUAUAUUCAUUAUAUAACAUUUAAACACGAGUGUUGAUAUGGAAAUUUUUUAACUCAUCUCAGCUGGUACGGUCACCCUGGCGGUAGGAACACCCUGUUCGCGAAACAGGGUCACCCCGGCAAUGUAAAAAUUUAUUCACUAAUUUAUUUACCCGAUUUCUUGUCUUCUCCAGACAAUUCUUCUGAGUCAGAUCAUCCACGUGAAGAUUCAACCAAUGACCCGGAGCCAAACCAAAGUAGUGGAAAUAUAUCUGGCAGUGAGUGUGCUUUAGAAUAUCUAGUAACUAAAAACAUUGAAAAUGCAUUUAGCAAACCAUUUGUUUUUGGACUGGUAGUGGUAAUUGUAAUUAUUUUUAAUGUCCCGACACCUUAUAUUUUUUGUCUUCUCUAGAUGAUCUUAGUUUAUUGGUUAAUAUGAUAGAAGAUUUAGAGUCAGACCAUCCACAAGAAAAUCCAACCAAUGACGACAAUGAGAGAAGUCAAAACAAUGAAGAUAUGUCCAGUGAGUGUGCUUUAGAAUAUCUACAGUAAUAACUAAAAACAUUCAAAAUGUAGUUUUAGUAAUGUGAAAAAAUAGUCAUAUCUAUAAUAAUUAAAUUAUCUAUAAUCACUAAAAAGAAUAGAAUAUUUAGAAAUGUAAUUUAGCAAUGUAAAAAUUUAUUCACUAAUUUAUUUACUCAAUUUCUUGUUUUCUCCAGACAAUUCUUCUGAGUCAGACCAUCCACAUGAAGAACCAACCAAUGACCGGGAGCCAAGCCAAAGUAGUGAAAAUAUAUCUGGCAGUGAGUGUGCUUUAGAAUAUCUAGUAACUAAAAACAUUCAAAACGUAUUUAGCAACUAAACCAUUUGUUUUUGGACUGGUCAGGGACAUCGCUAUAGGGGAUGUGGGGGGUGUAACACCCCCAACAAUUCAAACGUUGGCCAAAGUUGGUCAAAAUGGAACUGGUAUUUGCCCAAAGUUGGUCAAAAUGGAACUGAUAUUUGUUUAAAAUUGAAGGUAAAACUAGGAAAAAUUUCGGAUAAAAGAUGGUCGAAGUUGCUCAUUAUUUGCAAUGUCCCGAUACCUUAUAUUUUUUGUCCUCUCUAGAUGAUCUUAGUUUAUUGGUUCAUAUGAUAGAAGAUUUAGAGUCAGACCAUCCACACGAAAAUCCAACCAAUGACGACAAUGAGAGAAGUCAAAACAAUGAAGAUAUGUCCAGUGAGUGUGCUUUAGAAUAUCUACAGUAAUAACUAAAAGCAUUCAAAAUGAUUAUCAGAUUGAGUAUAUAUUAAACCUUUACAUACAAUUUAAUAAAAUUUGCUUCAUUCCACAAAGCAUAAAGCGACAAUACAUGUAAAGUUGACCACCAAGCGUUUUCCUAUGCAUAAGGCUAAGUGAAAUAAUUUAUUUUGUGACAUUCACCUAAUUUAAUUUAUUUUGAUUUGUUGUCUUUUACAACAGAAGAUGACCCAGCUGCAACUCCCCCUGAUGAACAACAUGAAGGCAUGCUGCACGAAUCUUCAAUUGAAGAACCACAUGUGAGAGAUGUCGAACCAACACACCAUGAUGUUACGUACACUGUGGUAGAUGGAGCUACAAAACGUGGAAAAUCAAGGUUAAUCGACAGUCAAGGGUACACAUAUAAUGUGAAGAGAAGAUGUGUCAAUGCGACGGAUUGGCAGUGCUCAGUCCGCCCAAAAGGUAACCCAUGCAGAGCUACAGUAAAACAAAAUAACAAUGACAUUUUUGAGCGCAACACCUGUAGUCAUAACCAUCCUGGAGAACCUGGAGCCAUAACUGCAGCAAAAAUAGCUGUGACUGUAAAACAAAAGGCAACAGAUGAUCUGUUUAAACCAGCAUCUGCUAUUGUCGAUGAAGUUUUCCUUGAUGAAAUAGAUGACCGUCCGUGCCCUAGUUUGCCAAAACCAGCAAACCUAGCCAGAGCUGCAAACAGAUUGCGUCAGCGCCUGAGACCAGAUGACCCUGCUGAUUUGAAAUUUGUCCUGCAAAUGGAACACAUACCAGAUGGGUUUCUGCAAAAGGAUAUCUGUGUUCGGGAAAGGCGUCAUCUCUUAUUUGCGACUGAACAGCAUUUGAGCAUAUUAAACAAUGCAAAAACAUGGUACAUUGACGGAACAUUUAAACUAUGUCGGUAUCCCUUUACCCAACUUCUAACCAUCAACGCAUUUGUUCGAUCCGAUGACCAUAUGAAACAAGUGCCUCUUGUUUUUGUCUUGAUGUCUGGAAAGAAAAAGAAUGAUUAUGUUAAGGUAAUUAUAUUGCAAUAUAUAUUUAGCUAAAUCAACACAGUAUUUGAGAUAAUAAGUAAUCAACAUAGUUAUAGAUUACUUACAUAAUUCAGACGAUAUAUGGAUUAUAUACA